UAGUAGUGGGUAGUGACAAGUGCAGUGUGGAGGUGCAAAAUUCUCAUUCCUCACAAUUUUAAGGAAUAUUAUCCUGUUUUCUAAGAAAUGGAUUGCAGUGUUCUUCCUCCAGAACUUACAGCUACACCACAGCCCCUCGUGGGUAUUUAUGGCCUCGAUACAGCUAAAAACACCGUGCACAAAUCAAUUUGGGAUGCCUUCAAUAGCAACAGAAAGAAUGACAGACUCCAGCUGCAGUUUAAGCUCAUCCCGGCCAACUAUGACUUUCCUGUUUCGAAGCCAAAGCGUCAAUCGUACGAAUGGUAUCACCCAAAAGGGAUUCUCAAGAGGAAUUGGAUCCUGAAACACCUUCAUAUCCUUCCGGCUGUUGUGGUGACAUUCCACAGUAUUGAACUAAGUGAUCCUGGGUGGUCAGAGAAACAGCUUCAAUGCACUUCGGCUAUUCAGAGUCUGAGGAAUUCACUCCAAGGUCGUCUCACGCGGCUGGCCAUUGUUCUGAUCCAAACUGGAUCUGGCAGUAGGGCUGCUGGAGAUGAACUUGUGUCCAGUGAGAGAAUCAGCAAUCUGGCAGCAGCAUGUGAUGUCAGUCCCAAGAUGAUCUUUGUCCUCAAUCACUCAGACCAUUUAAUGGGACACAUCCUGCGGCUAGAGUCUGCCUUUCUAGACGUAGCCCAAUCCUACUACACGCAAAUCAUCAAGCAGAUCAAGAUGCACCGAGAUCAGCUUUCGGCUACGCAUCAGGUUCUCAAGAUUCGGCAUCAGUUCAAGCUGGGAUUCAUGUCUGAGAUGCUCCAUGACUUCACCACAGCCCUCAAGUACUACACUCAGGCCUACGUGACGCUGGAGGACAUUAGAGUUGUAGACACAAAUUGCACGGAGAUCAAAACAGUCGCUGGCUUCCUGAAUUACAAAAGGAGUCGAUUGAUGUUCAAGAUGAACGUUCCCAGAGACGCAAUCACGCAGUUCAAUUCCCACAUUGAGCUGUACAAGGGCAAGACGGGAAGUCGAGAGUUACUUUUUGAACACUACGGAUGGCUCUGUGUCCAGUACAGCUCCUUCGGGGACUUGUUCUGCGACGCCAUAAAAGGGGGCUUGCCAGCUCUUCAGACUCAGCACCCGGGAAUUUAUUACUACAGGGCAGCUGAGUUCACGGCCAAAAGGAAGGAGGCGUAUUUAAAUUGUUGCAAGUGGACUGCCGUUCAGCCAGUGGAAAAAGGCAGUGGAAAUAUUCUCUACAGUGACUUCUUUGGAGUCCGUGGGAGUAAAACUGGUGAAAUGGUCAAUGAACAGAACAUUCUAAAUAUUCUCUAUGCCAAUGAGAAAGAUUUCAAUCAUUCCGGAGCGAUUAUAUCGUAUCUGGGUCAGGCGAUGGCUCAGUACAAGGUUUACAAGUGUUUGAGAUUCCGCAAGAAACUUGCUGUGAAUAUGGCUGAGGAAUAUUUGAAGAGUGGCGAUCAUGCAAAAGCUCUAACGUUGUUCUCUCUGAUGCUGAGUGAUUAUAGGACGGACAAAUGGUACAAGAUUUUUACCGAAGUUCUCAUGAAGACGUUCCAAUCGGCCUAUCUGUCGGCUUCCGUUCCAGACUAUGUUUCUUGCAGCAUUGAAGCGAUGUCUCCGAGAAUUCUCUCCUCGAAAUCUGAAAGGAUUACAAUCCUUGAGAAUUUGUGGAGGGUUUUUCAGGGUGUUGCUCCAACAGCUAAUCAACCUGGUAGUGGACCGGAUGUUCAAAAAGCCUGGGAACAUGCUCUUGAGAAUUUCACUGAACCAGUCAUAGUUGAUUUGGAUAAAAUCAGCGAAAUUUUCGCCUGUGAUGUUUCAUUCACGGAGAAUCAGGCAGUUUUCGAUGAAGAGAUAACCAUUGAACUGAAGAUAAAAUCCCUGACGGAAGUGCCACUGAAGAUUCGAGGGAUUUCUGUGGUGCUAAAUAGCCCAAAGUUGAGUGUUAAGCUCAAAGCUAAGAAAGUCUAUCAAUUCACAUUGACUUCCAAUGAGGCUGGGAAUGAGCUAAAAGACGCGGAAUUGAUGAUUUUACCAGAAUCUUCCUACAAAGCAAUUUUCUCGGCAGAUUCUCGACAAUUUACAGAAAAUGAUAAACUCUCAAUUGGAAGGGUAGAAUUUCAGAUUGGAACGGAUAAGAAAUUUGCCGUUCUCCUCAAGUCAACGACUCUCAAUCAGCAUCAGACUUUCAAGACUAAAACACCCAGCACGCAGACUUCCAAGAGCAUCAAUCAAAGUUGCUACAUCGUUCCAACAUAUCAAAUGGCUGCUCAAGUGAAUUUAAGCAAUGAACCGAUGUUAAUGAAUGAAUUCUACCGCGUGGUCAUCAAUCUCUUGAACAAUGUUGACUCCUGCCUCGAAAACGUUGGAAUUUCUGUGACUGUUCCAACGCAAUUAAGGAAUAAAGUUUUUCUCACUACAGACAUUCAGGAGCCUCGCAAGACGCUCUAUUCGACAAUUCAAAUAGACGUUGGGGCAAAAGCUCUGCAAUCUUCUACGUCAAUCGUUUACUACGUGAUCAGUCUCAUGAGGGGAAAUAUCGAAUUGAACCAGAAGACUUGGUACCAAAUAACUCCUUUGGUGGGAGUGUCAAAGGAGCCAGGCAAUUUUUCUGGUGAGAGAUUUGUGCCCUUUGACACAGAAUCCCCAACACAUCAGAAGACAGUGGAGAAGGGCAUAGAGAGUACAACGAAUAACAAUAUUAAAAUUGAAUAUGGGGAAAAUUGUGUGAAAAAGACCAAAGAGGAUACAAUAAUGAUUCCAUGUCAGGAUGAAAUUCACCUCACGGCUACUUUCUACACGCUCAAUAGGAAAGUUCUCUUCAAGGCUUAUCAAAAUGAGGACUUUAUUCUGAGGAUUCAGAUGGAAGUGAAAGCAACGUGUGACAUUGACAUUCUGGAUGCAACUCUUCUCACGGCGGACAAUAUUAAAAUCAGGGAUUCGGUUAAAUACCCCAAAAUUAGUGGUAAAUCACUGAAAUGUGGUGCUCGUCUCGAGGAUUCCAAGAUAAUUUCGGUGCAGAACAAAAGAGAUGACUUGGCGAUACUAAUGCGGUACAUGAACAUAAAUCAGCCCACAGUGACGAAUUCAGUCAAAGCAAGUGAGAAAUUUAAGAGUGCAAUUCCAGCUAUAAAAGAAAAUCCUGGCCAAGUCACCGCGACAGCCAUUAAAUCCAUCUACGGGAAGAGUGUGGAGACGAAGGUUCAAGACAAAGAUGUGGCAAAUGAGGCAGGAAGUGAAGUACUCGGUGUCUAUGUUGUGCGAUGGAGACGCACAAAUUCGACGAUGGUGAAUGAAUCGAAAUUCAGCAUCAGUGGAUUGGAAGUCAUUGAACCAAAGUUAAAUAUUUACUGUUUCAUCCUGGAGAAAGUGUAUGUUCGUGUUCCAUUUGAAUUGAGGAUACAAUUGAAGAAUCCUGGAAGUAAAAUUCUCAGCUUACAAGCGACACUCGACAAUAACGACAGUUUUAUGUUCUCCGGACAUCGUCAGCUCAAUGUCUCAAUUUUUUCAUAUGCCACUCACGAUUUAAUUUUCAUCCUGUAUCCACUGAAAUCGGGCUGGCAAUCAAUUCCCCAAUUAUUUUUGAAGUACCUUUCUGGAGGGAAUGACGGCGCCAAGGAGGAAAUUACUCAGUCAGAACUCAAUCUCUACGUUCAGCGAUGGAUGCCAAAACGAGUGUUUGUACAUCCACCCCAUCGAGUUCUCGAAUAGGGUGUGAAAUUGGCGCUACAUCUAGGCCCCUGCUUGUCGCAAAUCCUCGUUGAGCCCAAACACACAUGAGGAUGGAUUGAGAGACAGUGAUAUGGAGCCUUUUAUCGUUAUUGUUCAAAUAUACACUGCUAUUUUGGUGCCCUGAG